AUGGUUCACGAAGAGUACGUAACAUUUGGUUGGAUUGACAAACGUUGCAAACAGGCUAUGGGGUUUCACAAUAAAAUUAUUGGUGGAAAGUCUCUUAUUCUUUUUGGUGAUCCAGGUCAGUUACCACCUGUGGCAGACAAACCGCUCUAUCAUGCCAAACCAUCAAGUGCUAGUGGUGAACAGGGUUUCAAACUUACAGAAUGUUUGAUAAAGUUGUUAAGCUUACUGUCAAUCAGCGAGUGCAAGCGAGUCCAAAGGUUGUAGGUUCGAAUCCCACCGUGGUCGGGCAUAUUUUUCAAGCUCGCCCGGUGUGGAUAUACACUCAGAGUAACACCACAAAUAUCAUAUUCACCUGAGUACACUACACCAACACAAAAAAAAGUUAUUCAUUGUUGUUUUCCGAUUAUAUCAUAUCAACAUUAAUGGUUUUUUAUAAUUAUACAGGCGAUGCAAGUGAUGAUGGAAUGCAUUGCUACUUGCAUAGCAUUUUUACGGUACAAAAAGCACAAUCGUCAAACAGAAAGUAUUUUAAUUGCAUCGUGCAGGGCAAUGACAGGCCUGUGAGAGCAGUUUGCUACUCGCCAGAAAAAAAGGCAGAACUUAAAGCCCUAGCUGCAACAAAAAGUCCAGUUAAAAUGAGAAAUUUCAAGCAAGUUGACACAUCUGAUGAUAUCAUCAUUACGAAAUGGACGAAGAUGACCCCAUUGGAAAAAGAUCAAAUCACAUUCCCAUAUUCUGACGAAUUGGCCGCUAGCACAAGUGGAGAACCAAUUAAAUAA